AUGCAACAAGACCGAGGAAAAGAAAGAGAGGGGGGUAAAAAAAAGCUCCCAAUGCCCAAUCAAUGGCAAGACGAAGUGAUUUCCUUGCCUCUCGGAUUCCUCUCGGCAGCGUGGAAAAGGAGCCCCUGGAAAGCAACUUCAACUCAUCCAGGCUCCCGUGCAGAACACUCCGGUUCCAACAAGUCAGCCGAUCCCCGGGUUCAGCCGGCUAGUGCAUCUUGCAGCUGGGGCGCCGUAACCUCACAAAUCCCUGCAUCUCUCUUUAUUCCCUUCUGCAGCGGCUCCGAGACUCCGGCGGUGUUUACUCCUGCGCUCGCGGGGCCGGCCCCCGGGACGCGCGGCGGCCCGGCUGGAGAAGACUGGAGGCGGCGGCGGCGGCGCUGGGUGACGGCGGCGGCGCGUCCUCCCCGCGGGCAGUGCCGGCCCCGAGCGGCGCUUCCCAGGCCCCCGCGCGAUCGCUGCCGACCGCCGCGUUCGGUCGCCGAAUGUUACCCGGUUCUGAAUGUUACACUUACACAUUCCAUUCCCGACACGACAGCGCUGACCUCAUCCAUCCACGCAGCCCGCGCUGCCAUUGGCCAAGCGUCACGUCCGGGGGGGGCGGUGCUUCCGCUGCGCCCAUUCAUAACCCCCGGCCACCGGCAGAGGCGCCGGCGCGGCGCUGGGGGUGCGGGCGGCGCGGGGACCCCGGGGCGCCUCGGCCGGGCGCCCGCGGGCAGAGCGCGGGGCUGCCCCGAGAGAGUCCCGCGGCCCUUCGGCGCGCCGGGAUCCGGACCCCAGCCUGGGCCGCACCACCUGCAGCCGCCGCGCCGGGAAACCAGCGCCUCCCAGAGGCGCCUGCGGGCGCGCUGA